AUGACUCCGCGUUGCCUUCUUGUUGGACAUACUGCUCCUGUAACUUGCUUGUCUAGAGCCUCCAUUAUACAGGAUAACAACUUCAUAGUGAGCUCUUCAGAAGCUGGAGAGAUGUGCACUUGGGAUCUAGUAGAUGGUAAAUGCAGGGAGAGUGUCAAAUUGAGUCAAGUUCAUACAAAUAUUCAGGCAUACCAUAUGUGUAAUAGUGAAGACCUAAGACUAUUUUGCAAUGGCUAUUAUGCAGAGAUUUUGAUUAUGGACCCUUUUUCUUUGGAAAUUUUGUUCUCUUUAAGUUCCAAAAUGAAUCCUGAUUGGAUAUCAGCUUUACAUGUCCUGCGACCAUCUUCUAGGAAGGAUGAUGUGGUUUUAGCCAUUUCCAUCACUGGCACUGUCAAGGUAUGGUCGCUUUUAGGCCAUGAAAAUAAACAGUCUGAACCCAUUUACGAAAACGAAUCGAAACAGAUACGUUGUUUGAACGCGCUAUCCCUCAACUGCUGCGCGUACAACCAACGCACAGUACUCAUUGUGUGUGCGAAAUACUGUCAGAUAUAUGACGCUGGUGAUUUCUCAGUACUCUGCUCAAUCCAAGCUCCUCAAGGCGAACGUUGGAUGUCGGGAGACUUUCUGGCCCCAGAUCGUGUCCUUGUGUGGUCCACUGAAGGAAAGGGGUACCUGUAUAAACUACCUGCCAACAAACUUCGCGGAAAAGCUAUCAGUAGCUCUGUGCCGGACCAUAAAGGGUUUCACGGUCCAUCUGUGGAUCACGACAGUCCAGUACUGUUCAGUAUUCUGGCCCAUCCAGAUAAUAAGUUACUCUCAUGCCCACCAUCAAUGCGUUUCAUACUAACAUCAGUGGGAGGGAAGCAAAGGAGAUUGUUGUUGAGGGGGGAUUCUGCCGGGGUCGUGUCUCUGUGGAAUGUGGACGAUGCUGCCGUCCCACAGCCUAGAAAUGUAUCUUCCCACGCCCCAAUAGUGUUGACGAGUUUGGAAAUGGCGUGGGAGGAGAUGAACCCCAGUCCCGUUGGGAUACUCGAUCAGUUCAGUCAUCCUGAGGAGCCAGAAAUAAAACUUACAGCCUCAAUAUAUCUCCUCGCGGCCAAUCGUUUGGUGGUAGGUCGUGAGGACGGCUCUAUAGUGAUUGUGAAUGCGACUCACACUGUGCAGUUGCAGUUGUUGCAUGGGAACCAUCAGCAAUUGGAUGAUUGGCCCCCACACCAACUGCUUCUCGGCCAUAAUGGCAGAGUUAAUUGUCUUUUGUACCCUCACCAUGUACAUCAUAGAUACGACAAAUCCCACCUAGUCUCAGGCGGCAUAGACUUCGGGGUGUGUCUCUGGGAUCUGUUCAGUGGGGCUCUUCUGCAUAGAUUCUGUGUACACGCCGGCGAAAUAACACAACUGAUUGUGCCCCCACAGAAUUGUAGUCCUAGGAUACAAAAGUGUAUUUGUUCCGUAGCUUCCGACCACAGCGUAACGUUACUGAGUCUCUCGGAAAGAAAAUGCGUGACACUAGCGUCCCGUCACUUAUUCCCAGUGGUGACAAUAAAAUGGCGACCAGCUGACGAUUUCAUGGUGGUGGGGUGUAGCGAUGGCACAGUUUAUGUGUGGCAAAUGGAAACAGGACAUUUGGAUAGGGUUUUGCAUGGUAUGAUAGCAGAAGAAGUCUUGUCUGCUUGUGAUGAAACUUUGGCGGAUGAGUUGGGCGGUGCGAUGACGUCAGGCACUGACUUACAGGGCUUGGCCAAUCCCGCUGUCCAUUUCUUUAGGGGUCUCCGCCAUCGCAAUCUAACAGCUAUGCGAGCGGCCACACAACGCGGCCUAGCGGCACUCCAGGCUACCGACCGCAGUGGCAAUGCGGGGCCGCUAGCGGAGCCCGCGAGGGCCCGUAGGGCUCCGCUGACCAUACAGGGCUUCAGGUCCAAUCCUGCUGAUCCUGAAAGCCACAUUCUCUUCUUCGAUAUUGAGGGUCUGAUUGUGGAGUUGCUGAGUGAAGAGUAUUCUGCAAUGAGUCCGGCUAGCUUGGAGGCGGCCGGUUUAAUAACAAGCGAGUAUAUGAAAGUUGCUGCUUUGACUCAAUCGGCCAGUCCCGAUGCGGCUAAAAGGAUAUCCGAUUUCUUUGGUCGAGUCAAAGACAAGGCGGGUGAUAUGGAGCGUCUCUUAAAAGAGAAGGAUAAGCAUGGUCUCCUCGCCAAAAUGAAGGAAGGUGCGGAAACAAUGCAGACAAAGUUGCAGGCAAAAGCUGAACAGCUAAAAGCACACAUGGACCAGAAAGGUAAGUGUAGAUAUAAAGUUAGACAUUACCUCAGUCUAUUAAUCCACAUAAUCGUUUAU